AUGCUAGUAGCAGACUUGAUAGAUGGAGGUCGGACAAUCCAAGUGAAAAAGCGACCGACGUGCUACCCGGUUCCCGAUUAUGCGCUGAAGUGUGCCCAUUUCAUGGAAGCAGAGUUUUUUUAUGAUGCAGAGGCUCAAACCAGGUUCAGCCCAGACACGGGUAGUUUUCACGUGCGAAAAGGAUGGCUCACUGGUGAGAUCGUGCGAAACGAGCAUUAA